AUGGGUGGAAGUCUCUCAAAAGCGAUGGGAAAGAUCUUUGGGAACAGGGAGAUGAGAAUUUUGAUGCUCGGUCUGGACGCUGCGGGCAAGACGAGUGAGUGAUCGACUACAGCAUACAUGCGAGGUCCACCGCAGUGAAACGUGGCGCAGAGGCUGGAAGUAUAGAGGGUUCUGUUGCAAGGUGCAUUUUCUGAUUCAUGCGAGGGGCGAUUGGCGGUUGCGAACAUAUCUCUCCCAGUGCAUGAGGCGUCGUGCGCUUGUGCGAAUCCAUCGGCACCGCCACCUCCUUGCUCACUCUUAAUUCUUGUCCAACAUCCUCAUCAGCCAUCCUGUACAAGCUCAAGCUGAAUCAAAGCGUCACGACUAUCCCGACUGUUGGCUUUAACGUCGAGACUGUCCAGUACAAGAACGUCAAAUUCAACGUAUGGGUGAGCCCUACGCGAGACUGUGCACACGCUCCGCCACCGCUUCGUCACGAUCUGACUCCUACUUCCUUUCGCCGCAUCCACAAAGGACGUUGGAGGUCAAGAUAAGAUCAGACCCUUAUGGCGACACUAUUACACAGGCACGCAGGGUUUGGUGUUCGUGGUCGACAGCCAGGACAGGGACAGGAUCGAUGAGGCUAGACAGGAGCUGCACAGGAUCAUUGGAGAUAGGGAAAUGAGAGAGUGCCUCUUGCUUGUGUUUGCGAACAAGCAGGAUCUGGCCGGAGGUGAGUCUGAGCAAAAGGAUUGUUGCUUUUGAGAGAAUGCAGCGAAUGUCUGGCAGGCCUACCUGUCGAACGUGGGUCAAGUCUGUGUACCGAUGGGGUGGGGCGGCAGCAGCAGCAGCAGCAGCAGCAGCAUUCCUUUCGCACCUUGGAACAGCAGCUCUGGAUUGCAGCUCACUGCGAAUCUGAUGACAAAAGAGACUCACGCGCAUACCUCUCUUGCGGACUCUCAGCCAUGUCACCUGCAGAAGUGACCGAGAAGCUGGGCCUGCACCGGAUGAGGGAUCGAUCUUGGUUCGUGCAUCCCAGUUGCGCAACAAGUGGCGAGGUGAGUCGUGCUUCUCUCAGUCCAAUGUCUUUGGCAUACACUCACGGCGACAACACUUGCUGUCUUUCGUCCUCAGGGUUUGUUUGAAGGGCUUAGCUGGCUGAGCACCAAUGUCAAGAAACAGCAGGGUGCUUGA